AUGGCUUCGCGCGUUGGCAUCACUAAUACCUCUUCUCCUACUUAUUUAAACUCUUCACGUUUUCUAUCUCCUUCUCAAUUUUCCAAUUCCUCUUUCCAACCCCAAAACGCUGCUUCUAUCAUGCCUAACAACAAAUCCGUUCUUGUUACCGGUGGAGCCGGUUACAUCGGUACCCACACCGUUCUUCAACUUUUGCUCGCCGGUUUUAAAACCGUCGUUGUUGAUAAUUUUGAUAAUUCCUCUCCAGUUGCAAUCCAUAGAGUCAAAGAACUCGCUGCUCAAUUUGGGAAUAAUCUCAACUUUCACAAGGUGGAUCUCCGGGAUAGGGCUGCAUUAGAGCAAAUUUUUGCUUCCACAAAGUUUGAUGCAGUCAUACAUUUUGCUGGAAUGAAAGCAGUCGGUGAAAGUGUGCAGAAACCGUUACUCUACUACAACAACAACUUGAUUGGAACAAUCACUCUAUUGGAAGUCAUGGCUGCUCAUGGAUGCAAGAAGCUUGUGUUCUCAUCUUCGGCCACUGUAUAUGGUUGGCCAAAGGAGGUUCCAUGUACAGAAGAGUUCCCUCUGUCAGCGGCAAACCCAUAUGGACGAACCAAGCUUACCAUUGAAGAAAUAUGCCGUGAUGUCCAUCGUGCUGACCCAGAUUGGAAAAUAAUAUUAUUGAGAUACUUCAACCCAGUUGGUGCGCACCCUAGUGGUUAUAUUGGGGAGGAUCCUCGUGGUAUUCCCAACAACCUCAUGCCAUUUAUUCAGCAAGUAGCGGUUGGAAGACGGCCUGCACUGACAGUGUUUGGAAAUGAUUAUAAUACAGUUGAUGGAACUGGGGUUCGGGAUUACAUUCAUGUUGUUGAUUUAGCAGAUGGGCACAUUGCUGCAUUGCUUAAACUUGAAGAAGCUGGUAUAGGUUGUGAGGUUUAUAACUUGGGGACUGGAAAGGGAACAUCAGUUUUGGAGAUGGUUAGAGCUUUUGAACAGGCAUCUGGAAAGAAAAUUCCACUUGUGAAGGCUGGCCGUAGACCUGGUGAUGCUGAAAUUGUUUAUGCAUCAACAGCAAAAGCUGAAAGAGAACUUAAGUGGAAGGCAAAAUAUGGAGUUGAUGAAAUGUGCCGUGAUCAAUGGAAUUGGGCUAGCAAAAACCCUUACGGCUAUGGAUCUCCAGAUGCCACAGAUUAA